UGAAGUGUUUAGAUUGCAAUGUUAAGAUUGACAGUAUUUUGUAAAUAUACGUGCAAAUUUUUGCGCAACUAUGCUCAGGAAGCAAAUUUAAAUAUGAAGUACUUGAAUGUAGCAGAAAAGAAUGAUGCCGCGAAAACAAUAUCUAGCCUUCUAUCAAACGGAACGGCAACUAGACGCGAAGGAUGCUCUGUUUAUAACAAAAUCUAUGAGUUCGAGACUGAAGUAAAUAGACGAAAGUGUAAAAUGGUAAUGACCUCGGUAUCUGGUCAUUUAUUACAACUGGACUUUGUUGGAGCAUAUCGACGUUGGAAUGAGGUUGAUCCAUUGGCGUUAUUUAGUGCGCCUGUGCAAAAAUCGUGUAGUGAAAAUUAUCAACCGAUUUUGCGCACAUUAGAAAGGGAAGUCCGUAGCUGCCAUGGUCUCAUAAUAUGGACGGAUUGUGAUAGAGAGGGGGAAAACAUUGGUUUUGAAAUAAUGGAAGUGUGCCGCAAAAUAAAGCCGAGCCUUGCAGUUUAUCGUGCCGUUUUCUCUGAGAUAACUCGAGCGUCAGUUCACCGAGCGCUUCAGCAGUUAACCGAACCUAACAAGAGGUUGAACGAUGCUGUUGAUGUACGUACAGAACUUGAUCUCCGAACGGGUGCUGCAAUAACCCGUUUUCAGACGAUGAGACUGCAACGUUUAUUUCCUACAAAAAUCGCCGACAAGCUAAUUUCCUACGGCAGUUGUCAGAUACCAACUUUAGGGUUCGUCGUUGAACGUUACAAAGAAAUAGAAGCUUUUGUAUCGGAACCAUUUUGGAAGUUAAAAGUUUCACACACGAUUGAUGAACUCACAGUAGAUUUCAUUUGGGCGCGUAAUAGGUUGUUUGAUAAAGCAGCUUGUGAAGAUUAUUUACUGAUCUGCUUAGCCGACCCUAAAGCGAAAGUAGAAGAGGUAACAACUAAACCAAAAAAUAAAUGGCGACCAACUCCAUUGGACACGGUUGAGAUGGAAAAGCUGGGAUCGCGUAAACUUAAAAUUUCAGCAAAAGAGAUAAUGACUAUAGCUGAAAAACUUUAUUCCAAAGGUAUAAUUAGUUAUCCACGCACAGAAACAAAUCAAUUUUCGAAGGAUAUUAACUUGGGUGCCUUGGUAGAACAGUUCGUUCAACACGGAGAUUGGGGAGUUUUUGCGCAGCGGGUAAAGGAAUGGGGACCCAAUCCCCGGAACGGAAACAAGACUGAUCAGGCGCAUCCACCUAUUCAUCCAACAAAACUAGCAACAGAUCUAAAUGGCAACGAAGCACGUGUAUACGAGCUAAUUUGUCGUCAUUUUCUUGCUUGCGUCAGCAAAGAUGCUGUUGGCUCUGAAACUAAAGUUCACAUUAAUAUUGCCGGUGAAAAAUUUACUGCCACGGGAUUAGUCAUUCAUGAACGAAACUAUUUGGAUAUUUAUAUUUAUGAGCAAUGGAAUGCCAAGCAAAUACAUAAAUACGAGCAAGGCCAAUUAUUUGAUCCUACUGAAAUAUCAAUGCAAGAGGGUGCCACUACUGCACCACCACUUUUGACAGAGGCUGAUUUGAUUGCUUUAAUGGAAAAACAUGGAAUCGGAACUGACGCAACCCAUGCAGAACAUAUAAACACAAUCAAAGAAAGAGGAUAUAUUGGAGUGGUUGAUAAAGGAUGCCUCGUGCCAGGUAUUAUAGGGAUGGGCCUAUGUGAGGGUUACGGUGCAAUGGAUUUGACAUUAGCCAAACCUAUGUUAAGAGCGGAGUUCGAGUCGGAUUUAAAAGAUAUUUGUUCUGGGAAAAAAGAUCCGAAGAUAGUGCUGAAUGAGCAAAUUCAAAAAUAUUUGGAAGCAUACAGGCAAAUUACAGAAAAGAUUGAAGCUAUGGAUAAUAAAAUGGCCUUACGAAUAAAUGAAACUGCCACUGUAGGUGAAAGCAUGGAAAACCAAAACAAUAACCGCAAUAAAAUAACGGAUUUAUUUCAAUGUCCAAAAUGUUCUGUAGCUCCGUUAGCUUUGCGGCAGAAAAAAAAUAAUCCAAACAGUUAUUAUAUAGGUUGCAUGAAUUUUCCUAAUUGCAAUAACGCCAUCUGGCUAUCAGAAGAGUGUUCAGAGCCAAGUGUAUUGUCUGAAACUUGUCAACAUUGUGGCCCAAAUGUAAAAUUGAUUAAAUUGAAAUUUACUUCUUUAUACUACAAAACGUUGUUUAAAACGCCUUCUGGUUGGUAUAAAACGUGCCUCUGUUGUGACCAACAGUUUCGUGAUAAUUUCGAAAUUAAUCUUGAUCAAGUAAAGCGAACUGGUGGAAUUGUUGGUGUUGUGGGGAUUGGAUCAAAUACUACAUCAUCUAAUCAAAAUCCAACCGCUGCUUCGGUAACUGGUAGUACCAGCAGAGGUUCAGAAAGUACAAAUGUAAGUGGAGAGUAUAGAAAUGCUUCCGGUUCGAGAAAUUUGAAUAAAAAACAAAAUAGAGGAAAAUCAAAACCAGAUAUUGAAACCAAUGCUUCUACGAAAGGAGACAAGAAGAAAACUAAUAGUAAAACGCAAGGCAUUCGCACUUUCUUUACAAGCGCAGCGCCCGCUCAAAACCGUGCUGAUCAGUCUUCCAUCCCUAUGGAAAUUGAAAAUUGCACAAUUAAUGACGUGAUUUUGGAUGAUUUUUUUAACAAUGAUGAUGGUUUCGAUGAAAUGCUGUGUACAUUUGAAAUACAAAACGAAACCACUGGAAAUGCAACCACUAGCGCUGUCCAAAAUUCAACAAAUUUAGCAACAUCUGUCGGCACUGGUCCCAUUAGACAAGUAAAUGAUAUUGCCUCCAUAAAUAACUGUGCUACAGGGAAUCCAGCCGAAAGUGCCUAUUUAAAUUUUGACGAAAGCUUUCCGGACUUAAGUGAUUUUGUCUGGGGUACAGCCGAGCACAACAGCCGGUCAUCAACAGCCGCGCAAUUGCCGAAUGAAAAGAAAGAAGAUCGCACAAAAUCAUCAGAAACAGCCCAAUACAGCUGUAGUAGUGCACAACGUAAUUUAGCACCAGACAUAGGUAUUCAAUGCCCUGGGUGCCAUCAGCAGGCCAAACAAUGUACGGUUAGAAAAUCAGGACCCAACAACGGCAGGCUAUUUUAUGUUUGUGCCAAAAAGAACCCCUGUAAAUUCUUUCAAUGGGCUGAUGAGGCUUCAACUGCAAGUUCCAUCACUGUGACCAGUACGUCAGCCGAGAAUCAUCCACCCACACAUUCAACGUCGCCUUUGCAAAGUGAAUUUGUCAAAUGCAAUUGUGGGAUCCCUGCCUUAACAUUAAUUGUGCGCAAAGAGGGUCCCAACAAGGGUCGACCGUUUUAUACAUGUUCUAACCGAGAGGCUUCGUGUACUUUUUUUAAAUGGAAAUACGAAGAUUCAAGCCAAGUGGAAACUUCUGGUAGCAGCAAUCAAAGUGAUUUAAAUUGGGGUACAAAGCCACAUUCAUCCCAAGGUUCGUCCGGUGAAACUUUCAAAAAACGCAGAUGCGGUCUAUGCCGUCAAGAAAGUCACACCCGCGCAAAGUGCCCGCGAAAAUCAGAAUUCGACUAUUAACAAAUCCAUCCAUAUUUCUUGGAGCAACAAUGAAGUGCUGAUUUUGUACCAUAAUAUAUGAAAUAUAGAUAACUUGAUAUUUU